CUCAAUUCCACACUCUCUCUCUCUCUCUCUCUCUCUCUCUCUCAUUUCUGUUUUCGUUAGCCAAAGUCAUCCAAAUUAAGGACACUGCUAACAAGCAAAGAUGGAAGAACAGGCUCAGCACUACACAAGCUGCUGCUCAGCGACGAUGAGUAAUAUUAGCAGUCCACAUGUGAUGCCGUGCUUAACAGAACAAUGGGGAAAUUUACCCUUCCAAGUCGACGAUUCCGAGGACAUGAUCGUCUACAACUCCCUUCGUGAUGCCUUUAGCCUCGGAUGGUCUCCCGACCACACUUUUCCCUUCCAAGUCGACGAUUGGGAGGACAUGAUCAACAACAACUCAGACGCUCUUAGCCUCGGCUGGUCUCCCGACCACACCUUGGAAUGCAUCAAACCCGAACAAGCGUAUGAUCUUGAUCAUCUUUUUGAUCAAUAUCAUGAUCAGCUGCCACCUGAUCUUUUCACUCAAUCUCAACCCCACGAUUUUGAUGUUUCCAUUAAUGGAAACAAACCCUCACAAGCCCUAGUACUCCCACCUGAUACUGAUAUUCCUCCGUUGGAUCAUGACGAUCGUGAUCAAAAUCAAGUACAAGUAGGAGAUGCAGUAGCUGAACAAGAGGAAUUGAAUGUGAAUGUCCCGAAAUUACAAAAGUCGGGGGUGGCGAGAGGGAGGCAUUAUCGAGGGGUGAGGCAGCGGCCGUGGGGGAAAUUCGCGGCAGAGAUUCGUGACCCGGCUAAGAAUGGGGCCAGAGUUUGGCUUGGUACCUACGAGACUUCCGAGGAAGCUGCUUUGGCUUACGACCGCGCCGCCUUUCGCAUUCGUGGCUCCAAGGCUCUGCUCAAUUUUCCUCACCGGAUUGGGUUGAAUGAGCCUCCGCCUGUUCGAGUCACCGGCAAGCGAAAAGAGCCAGACCAAGAGGCCGCCGCCAGCAGUAGCACUUCUUCUUCUUCUUCAGCGACGCCAACGGCGGCCACCAAGAGGUCCAAAUUAGACAAGUCGGUCUCCUCGUCGGCAGAUCAUGAUCAUCAAGCAAAUGUGUGUCACACAAGGCAAAAGAAUAAUACCUCAUAUAUGCUGGCAAUUGGCGAGCAACUAUUGGUUAGCUAAUCAUCAUCUGUGACCUUAAAUGUAAUAUAUAUGGUGGUUAAUGCGGACUUGCAAUUGUUACUACAAAGAUCGAUUGAUCAGUAAUUACAAUUGCAACCCAGUAAAUCACGAGCUUGUUUAUUCAGUUAAUCAAUUUACUGUGUGAGUGCGGGAUUGGUCAUUAAAAUUGCAGUGCAAUGACUAAUGUAGAACAAAUGAUUGAAACAACUGAAGAAUGAUUUGGCAGACGUAAAAUUGGCAGCAACGCCAAACAAUAUAACUAUCCAUGAUAAAUAUAUAAAAAAAAAAACAGUUGAUGAGGAGUCAUUGUAAUAUUUUUGUGUGCAUUUUUGAAUCCCAUCAUCACCAAGAAAUGAUGGCAAUAACGAAAGUCACGAGCCCACAUUUUUUU